AUUCCUGCGCCCAGUAGUACGGGCAUAUGCCAGCACUCCGUGCUCUUGUUGCUGAGUUUCUCUGUACAAGGAGCCCCUGGAGAGGGUCCAGGCGUCUGGAACGUCUUUCACGAAGAGAGGCUGUGGGAGCUGGGCCUGCUUAGUCUAAAGGAAAGAAGACUGAGGGGGAAUCUCGUUAGGGUAUAUAAAUAUCUCAGAGGCAGGUGUCAAAGAGUAUGGUGCCAGACGUUUUAGUGAUGCCCAGAAACAGGAUGAGGACCAGUGACCACAAACUAAAAUACAACAAGUUCCAGUUCAGCUUGAGGAAGAACCACUUUGCAUGAGGGUGUCAGAGCACUUGGAGCAGGCUGCCCAAGGAGCUUGUGGAUUUUCCCUAUCUGGAGACAUUCAAAACCCAGCUGGAUGUGUUCUUGUGUCACCUGCUCAAAGUGACCCUGCAGGAGGGUUGAACUGGAUGAUCUUCAUCUUCCAACUGUGUCAGUUCCGUGUUUCAGUCAGUGAGAUGUGGCUCAAUUUAAUUUCAGCUACAGUUGUAUCUGUUCUACUGAUUCAUCAUUUUUGCACUUCCAUGAAUCGGAUUGUGACAUAGGAGGAUCAUCGUCUUGCGAAUCUAUACUUUCCUUGAAUACAGAAAAAAUUCUGAGUCAAGCGAAGUUGCUUGCAGAGCAAAAACGAUUUCCAUUUGCUACUGAUAAUGACAACACAAAUGAAGAAUUGGCAAUUGCAUACGUGUUGAUUGGCAACGGCUUGUAUGAUGAAGCUAUACGACAUUUUUCAACAAUGCUGCAGGAAGAACCGGAGCUGGUUAGUGCGAUUUAUGGACGAGGGAUAGCAUACGGAAAAAAAGGACUGCAUGAUAUGAAAAAUGCUGAACUUGCUCUGUUUGAGCUCAGUAGGGUGAUUAGUCUAGAACCAGAUCAUCCUGAAGUAUUUGAACAGCGAGCUGAAAUAUUGUCCCCACUAGGACGAAUCAGUGAAGCAUUAUCAGAUCUCACCAAAGCUAUUCAGCUACAACCAUCAGCAAGGCUCUAUAGGCACAGAGGUACCCUUUACUUCAUAUCUGAGGAUUAUGCAACAGCCCAUGAAGAUUUUCAGCGCUCACUGGAACUGAACAAAAAUCAGCCUAUAGCUAUGCUUUAUAAAGGCUUAACCUUUUUUCACAGAGGACUUCUGAAGGAAGCCAUUGAAUCCUUCAAAGAAGCUCUGAAGCAGAAAUCAGACUUCAUAGAUGCGUAUAAAAGUCUGGGACAAGCCUACAGAGAGCUUGGCAACUUUGAUGCUGCUACAGAGAGCUUCCAGAAGGCUUUACUGCUGAAUCAAAAUCAUGUUCAGACAUUACAGCUCAAGGGAAUGAUGCUUUAUCAUCAUGGAAGCUUAGAUGAAGCACUAAAGAAUUUUAAGAGAUGUCUACAGCUAGAACCAUACAAUGAAGUGUGCCAGUACAUGAAGGGUCUCAGCCAUGUUGCAAUGGGGCAGUUUUAUGAAGGCAUAAAAGCUCAGACCAAAGUUAUGUUAAAUGAUCCUUUACCAGGACAGAAGGCCAAUCCAGAAUAUCUGAAAGUGAAAUACCUCAGAGAGUAUUCUAGAUAUUUGCAUGCACAUUUGGAUACCCCUCUUACAGAGUAUAAUACUGAUACAGAUCUUCCUGGAAAUUUCAAGGAUCACUGGGCCAAAAAUCUUCCUUUUCUUAUAGAAAAUUAUGAAGAACAACCAGGGUUACAGCCACAUAUAAAAGAUGUGUUAUUUCAGAAUUUUGAAAGCUAUAAGCCUGAUGUGCAAGAACUCAUAUGUGUGGCUGAUCAUCUGGGUUCCAUGAUGCAGUAUGAGACACCGGGAUUUCUGCCAAAUAAGAGGAUACAUAGAGCAAUGGGAUUGGCCACUCUAGAAGUAAUGCAAGCUGUGCAGCGGACUUGGGCAAACUCCAAAGUUCGGAUGAAUGGGAAGACCAGACUGAUGCAGUGGAGAGAUAUGUUUGAUAUUGCUGUGAAGUGGCGAAGGAUAGCUGACCCUGACCAGCCUGUACUUUGGCUGGACCAAAUGCCUGCCCGGAGCCUUAGCAGAGGUUUCAAUAAUCACAUUAACUUAAUCAGGGGACAGGUCAUUAACAUGCGGUACCUGGAAUACUUUGAGAAAAUUCUUCAUUUUAUCAAAGACAGGAUCCUUGUUUAUCAUGGUGCUAAUAAUCCAAAAGGACUGCUAGAGGUUCGAGAAGCUUUGGAAAAAGUACAUAAAGUAGAGGAUCUUCUUCCAAUAAUGAAGCAGUUUAAUAGUAAAACCAGAGAUGGGUUCACUGUGAACACAAAAGUCCCCAGCCUGAAGGAUCAAGGGAAAGAAUAUGAUGGAUUCACAAUUACAAUAACAGGAGAUAAAGUGGGGAACAUACUGUUUUCAGUAGAAACUCAGACGACAGAAGAGAGAACACAGCUGUAUCAUGCAGAAAUAGAUGCACUUUAUAAGGAUCUAACAGCUAAAGGAAAAAUUCUAAUUCUAUCUGCAGAGCUGGGGGAAGUAGAUGCUGUUUGCAACUUGAUCCUGUCACUAGUGUAUUACUUCUAUAAUUUAAUGCCACUUUCAAGAGGAUCCAGUGUGAUAGCUUAUUCAGUGAUCAUGGGAGCACUAAUGGCAAGUGGAAAAGAAGUAUCAGGAAAAAUCCCUAAAGGAAAGCUGGUUGAUUUUGAAGCCAUGACAGCACCAGGGUCUGAAGCAUUUACCAAAAUAGCAAGGAGCUGGAUGAAUCUAAAAAGUAUUUCACCUUCUUACAAGAGCCUACCAUCCAUAUCAGAGACUUUUCCAACCCUGAGAACGAUGAUUGAAGUACUAAAUACAGACUCAUCUCAUUGUCUAAAAAAAACUAUAGUUGUUGUAUAAUUUAUACAAAUAAAAAGCCAAGAGGUACUGCUUUGCAAAUUA